AUGCCUUACCCCAGCCAAGCUGCCGCCACUCUAUUCGAGCCUGAGAAGAGACCUUUGAUUCCGACCCAGACAGCUGGUCGGAUCAACCGCCUCGUGAGGCUAGCCCCGAAUGUCGAGUCCAGGUCCGGCAUUCAUCCUCCACUUCUCACUUUUCACUCUCUUUCCUCCUCAUCGGUAGGAAACUUUGCUCUGUUGCCUCCGGCAGUCAUCACAUUCGUUUUGUUGUUGGCCCGACUCCCUCCCAGGAUCUUGAUUAGAUCCCUGACCCUCCGCCCCUUCAAACAUCCAGUCUCUCGCUCCUCAUUGUGUGCGCUUGAUCCUCCUUCUCUUGUCGUUGUCGAGGUCUUUGGUUGGAGUCUUUCAAGCUUCACUUCCAAUUUACACAAUCUCAAGCCAGCCACCAUGGCUCACCGUCCCGCACCGCCACCUCCUCCCAUGGCGGAGAGCAGCCGCCCUCCCCUGUCUCCUCUCUCAGGAGCUACAACACCGGCUCGUAGCCAGCGAAGCCUCUCUAUUCCGAGGCCAUUUGGAUCUCGAAUCCAGUCACAGGGCUCUUCUGUCGUUGGCUUCACCACAGAAGACCUCCCCUUCGGCGUCCGUACACCCGGCUCCUUCGGUCACCGCUCAUGGCAAUCUCGUGGCGGCGAGUCUGCUGCCUCCUUCGUAUCUUCCGUCCAGACUGAAGAGGCGAAGCUGAGAUGGGACUCUGACUCGGAGCUGAAGCUUGUGUCCAAGUCGCUCUUGCGGUUCCAGAAAUGGUGUCUGCUCAUCGGCUUGCUGUGUAUCAAUGCUGCCCUCAUCUACGUGUCAUUCACGUACCACGUCGCCCACUACUUCUUCAUGGUGCUUCUCAGCUCCAACACCGUCCUCCAAUUCAUAAUGAUCGUCUUUAUUCUGGGCCACUUCAUCUUCAAGGGUAUCUUCUUCUGCUUCCGCCGCAAAGAGAAGGUGCCAGAGACCCCUGAGAGAAUGGUCAUGCUUCUGCCAUGCUACAACGAGACGUUUCAGGAGCUUACUCGAUCUCUGGACUCUUUGGUUGCGCAGAAGAACAUUGACGACCACCCGCGCAUGAUCUUCAUCGUGGUCGACGGCAACGUCAAGGGCGCUGGUAUGGAGAAGACCACGCAGGAGUACCUUCUCGAGGACAUCUUAGAGCCCGGCCCAACGCGCUUCUUCGAGAACGGGUACCGCGCUCGAGACGGUCUUUUCAUGCCGACCAAGAUCCAAACUGGUUACUACAAGGGCAUUCCGUAUGUCUUUGUCGGCAAGCGUUACAACCAAGGCAAGCGUGACAGCUUGUGCUUUGCCCGUUCGUUCUUGUACCAUUUCCACAAGCGCUCCACCAACAUCAUGACCAUGUUCAGCAAUGAGCUGUUUGAGCAUCUGGGCAACGCGUUCGUCUCCCAGGGCCUCGAAAAUGUCGAAUACCUCGUUGGUAUGGACGCCGAUACUGUGUUCGAUGAGUUCUGUAUCUGGGAAAUGUUGAGAGAAAUCCGCAAGAACCCCAAGCUCGUUGGUGUCUGUGGCCACGUCUGUGUCGACUAUGACGGCAAGAACUGGGGUCUCUGGUCGCUGUACCAGUCGGUCGAGUACUCCCAAACCCAAGGUCUCCGUCGCAUGUUCCAAUCCCGCAUCACCGGAAAGGUCAACUGCCUCCCCGGUUGCUGUCAGCUGAUCAAGAUUGACGAGGCCACUUUCGGCGACGAGGUCCUCCGCCAGCGGUUCGGAUACUGCCCCAAGCCCAACGAUCUCAUGACGCAGCACAUCAUGGGCAACUACUCGGAGGACUCGAUUCACGCCAGCAUCAUCUUCUCGCUCUUCCCCCAGCGCCAGACCGCCCAGGCCCUACGCGCCAAGGCCUUCACCAUUGUGCCGCAAGACUGGAAGGUCUUCCUGUCCCAGCGCAAGCGUUGGGCUCUCGGUUCAAUCUCCAACGAGUUCGUCAUGAUCUUCCGCCCCGGCAUCAUCCCCAUCGAGCGUCUUCAAUCCAUCAUUGCCGUCAUGACAUGGUUUAUCACACCCUUCAUCAUGGCCGCCGUCAUCGCUUUGAUCAUCAUCCUCUGCCGUCGUGGUGAUGAGUUGGUGAGGGAUCCGGUCUUCAUGUCGCUGUUCGCCCUGCUCUUGUUCCGAUACAUCUACUCCUUCUGUAUCGGAUUCUGGCUACCGAGAAACAUGCUCGAGCGCAUGCAAUACUUUGUCGGCUACUUCUUCCACCUGUGCACGUCGCCCUUCCUCAACAUGAUCAUCUUGGGGUACUCCCUCGUCUACUCGGACGAUUUCAAAUGGGGCAAGACCCGCGAGGUCAUCAAGGGCGGUGACGACGAGAAGAUGGACGCUGAGGGCGGUCGUGGCACUCUUUAA